GUAAUUGCGUGAUAGCAACAGCCGGAUGAGGUAAGGCGAUCACCGAUGGAGGAGGUGUAUUCCAUCGCGACCAGGCGGGGUGACAACUAUUUGAACCGCCAACUCGCCCCGUCUCCCCUUUUCUUCCUUUCUGACUAUCCAAACUAUCUUCCCUACUCUCCGAUAACCUCCAUCUUUUCUACCAUCAUCCACAAUGGCUGCUGAGCGCUCCCCUCCUCUCCGUCUGGGCUCCACUGCCCCUAACUUCGAUGCUGAGACCUCCAACGGCCCCAUCAACUUCCACGACUUCAUCGGUGACAAGUGGACCAUCCUCUUCUCCCACCCCGAUGACUUCACCCCCAUCUGCACCACCGAGCUCGGUGCCUUCGCCAAGCUCGAGCCUGAGUUCACCGCCCGUGGUGUCCAGCUCAUUGGCCUGAGCGCCAACAACGUCGAGUCCCACCACCGCUGGAUCAAGGAUAUCGAUGAGGUCUCCGGCUCCCAGCUGAAGUUCCCCAUCAUCUCCGACCCCGAGCGCAAGGUCGCCUACCUAUACGACAUGGUCGACUACCAGGACACCACCAACGUCGACUCCAAGGGCCUGGCUCUGACCAUCCGCUCCGUCUUCAUCAUCGACCCCGCCAAGAAGAUCCGUCUCUCCCUCACCUACCCCGCCUCCACUGGCCGUAACACCGCGGAGGUCCUCCGUGUCAUCGAUGCUCUCCUGACCACCGAGAAGCACGGUGUCACCACCCCCAUCAACUGGCUCCCCGGUGAUGAUGUUGUCAUUCCUCCCCCCGUCUCCACCGCCGAUGCUAAGGCUAAGUUCGGUGAGAUCCGUGAGGUCAAGCCCUACCUCCGCUUCACCAAGGACCCCAACGCCUAGAGGGUGUUCUUUGGAUCUUUUAACUAUGAUGUGACAUGAGCAAAAUGCUUUCAGGAUGUUAGCUUCUUUUUUUUUUGGCCGGAAUAGCCGACUUGAUACCAAAUAUGAAAUGACUUAUCCGCCACGC